AUGUCAAAAUCAAAUCAAUGCUCCACUUGCCAAAAACCAAUAGGAGUAAUGCAUUGCAUAGGUUGUGAUGGUUACUUCUGCACAAAGGAUUUCAAAGGUCAUCGUGAAAUAUUAUUUACUGAGAUGGAUGAACUUGUUGAAGAGCGUGAUAAACUACAAGAGAAAAUUAACAGAGCAAUAAAACCGAACAACUCAAUCAGUCCAUUAAUUGAGGAAAUCAAUGCAUGGGAAAGGGUUACAAUUGAAAAAGUACGACAAACAGCCGAGCAUGCGCGUCAGCAAGCUAAUCAGCUAAUGAAUUCAAAAUCUGUGAAAAUUACAAAUGAAUUCAAAGGCUUCUCAGACAAGUUAGCUGAUUUGAAAAAAACUGAGAACUAUGUUGAACAUGAUUUGACAAAACUUAAACAGAGGAUUCAUCAGUUUAAUGUAGACCUGACUCAACUUUCUCAAGAAACUAUAAUUGAACUUGAUAAAGAAGAAAGUGAAAAAAUAGAAUGGAAUCGUAUUAUCUACGUUCGAGAAAAACAUCUUGAAGUUGAACGUCAACAAACACCAAUAAUACUAAAAGAAGAUGCACGAGCAACUGUAUCACUUUCUCAAGAGCAACUUGGUUGUAGCGGUCGAGCUUGUGCACAUUGUGGUAAAUGUUCUGAUUGGUGUUAUAACAGUAAUAAGAAAGGUUAUUUCCGUCGUGAUGGUGCCACUUGCAAUCGUCGUUUUCCUUUUAUUACUUUUAAUAGCAAUCCUCAUUUCUGCGAGUGCAACUAG